CCCUAUCUCUGCAGCCGCCACCUUUUCUUGUGACUCAUCGUCGGCGACCUCACCGCCGGCGACGGGACACAGCAGGCCACGGCCUCCUUCCACAGCAUUCUUCUGUCGUCGAGAGGCGUCGCCCUCCCUCUUCGUCACCGAUCUCUGCUGUUACUGGGCUGGCGUCGAGUGGAAGAGAUCCAUCCGUGCUCCUCUCCGUGGAUCCGUUUCUGCUUUUGAUGGUCAACAUCAAGAUGGCUCCCUCGGGGAGGAAGAAGCAGCAAGUUGCAACCUUCAUCGUGCUAUGCAUCCUGUCAUCCAUUGGCGUCUGCAGAGCGCAAUUCAAGCCUGCUGACAACUACCUUGUUGACUGCGGGUCCUCCAAGAGCACGACGGUUGACAAGAGGACCUUCGCCGCUGAUGGCGCAUCUCCGGUGACAGUGUCCACCUCCAAGGACAUCCUUGCCGGCACCUCGGCAAAUGGGGUGGCCUCUUUUGAUAACCAGGCGCUCUACCAGACCGCCCGCAUCUUCACCGACCCGUCGUCCUACACUUUCCCGAUCCAGAAGCAGGGCCGGCAUUUCGUCAGGCUCUACUUCUUCCCCUUUAUCUACCAGAGUUAUGAUCUUUCACUUGCCAAAUUCACAGUGUCAACCCAAGAUGUGCUCCUGCUUAGUGAUUUCCAACAGCCAGACAAGACUGCACCGUUGUUCAAAGAGUACUCAUUGAACAUCGCCCGCGACAAGCUUGUUAUUUCCUUCAAACCGUCGAACGGAGUUGCAUUCAUCAAUGCAAUCGAAGUGGUCUCCGUCCCAGAUGAUCUCAUCAACGAUGAUGCCCAACUGGUCAACCCUGUGCAGCAGUACAGCGGUUUGCCUACACAACCACUGGAGACGGUUUAUCGGGUGAACAUGGGUGGUCCAAAGGUCACUCCAGACAAUGAUACCCUCUCGAGGACCUGGGUGCCUGAUCAGAGCUACCUAUUGAACCCAACUGUGACCAAAAAGGUUGCUUAUGGCAAGGAUGUCAACUAUAUGAAGGGUGGAGCAACUCAGCUGGCCGCCCCUGGUAUUGUCUACGGUACAGCUACAGAAUUGGCAGCAUCAAAUACUUCCAACGCGCUUUUCAACAUGACAUGGCAGUUUGAUGUGGAUGCCGGCUUCAGCUAUUUGAUAAGAUUUCACUUCUGUGAUAUAGUCAGCAAUGCACUGAACCAGCUCUACUUCAAUGUGUAUGUUGGGAGCUUCCUUGCGCAAAAUAAUCUUGAUCUCUCAGAAUUAUCUCAGAAUCAGUUAGCUACAGCUAUCUAUGUAGAUGUGGUUCUUUCAUCUAAUGAUGCAUCUAGCAAGCUCAGCAUCAGCAUUGGCCCAUCAACCUUGAAAAAUGUAUUACCUGACGGGAUUCUGAAUGGGCUCGAGAUUAUGAAGAUGAGCAGUGGAGGUUCUGCUUUUACUGUUGGGUCUGGCGGUGCAAACAAAAAUUUGGGUGUGAUUAUUGGUUCAGCCCUUGGAGCUUUUGGACUACUUAUAAUUGUCCUUGUUCUUGUGCUUCUUUGCCGGAGGAAAAGGACUCUGGAAAAGCAGCAUUCAAAGACUUGGAUGCCUUUCUCUAUCAACGGGCUCACCUCUCUCAGUACAGGAAGCAGAACUUCUUAUGGUACGACUCUUACAUCGGGGCUGAAUGGAAGCUACGGAUACCGUUUUGCCUUUAAUGUGCUCCAAGAAGCGACAAACAAUUUUGAUGAGAACUGGGUCAUUGGAGUUGGAGGUUUUGGUAAGGUCUACAAGGGAGUGUUGAGGGACGAGACAAAGGUUGCAGUGAAGCGUGGAAAUCCAAAAUCUCAGCAAGGUCUCAAUGAGUUUCGUACAGAGAUUGAACUUCUCUCACGGCUGCGCCACCGCCAUUUGGUGUCUCUGAUUGGGUACUGUGAUGAAAGGAAUGAAAUGAUCUUGGUUUAUGAAUAUAUGGAGAAAGGGACUCUCAAGAGCCAUCUCUAUGGCUCUGAUAACCCCUCACUCAAUUGGAAGCAGCGGUUGGAGGUUUGCAUUGGAGCAGCAAGGGGACUGCACUAUCUUCAUACUGGCUCAGCAAAGGCCAUUAUCCACCGUGAUGUCAAGUCUGCAAACAUCUUGCUUGAUGAGAACCUCCUCGCAAAGGUUGCUGACUUUGGGCUAUCGAAGACUGGGCCUGAGUUGGACCAAACUCAUGUCAGCACUGCAGUGAAGGGUAGCUUCGGUUAUCUUGAUCCUGAAUAUUUUCGGAGGCAACAGCUGACUGAGAAGUCAGAUGUCUACUCAUUUGGUGUUGUUUUGCUCGAGGUUCUUUGUGCAAGGCCGGUGAUUGACCCUACACUUCCAAGGGAGAUGGUGAACUUGGCAGAGUGGGGAAUGAAGUGGCAGAAGAGAGGAGAGCUGCAUCAAAUUGUCGAUCAGAGAGUUUCAAGCACGAUCAGACCAGAUUCUCUGAGGAAGUUUGGAGAAACAGUGGAGAAGUGCCUGGCAGAUUACGGUGUGGAGAGGCCAUCGAUGGGAGACGUCCUCUGGAACCUGGAGUACGUUCUGCAGCUUCAAGAUGCAGAUUCCACUAUCUCGGAUGUGAACAGCAUGAACCGUAUUGUCGAGCUCCCAUCCCAAGUUCAGAAUGUUGGCGCCCUUGAGAGCAUCAGUGUGACAAUGGCAGAAGCUGGAGCUUCAAAGGAGCCUGAUCAUGACCUCUCCGACGUGUCGAUGAGCCGGGUUUUCUCUCAGCUAAUCAAAGCUGAGGGAAGGUAAAGGUGCAUGACACAGCCUGUAGAGGAAGCCUUGAAAGUUGUCUUGUUGAAGUUUACUCGAGAGAUCAUGUGUAAUUGUAUUUUUCUUUUUUGUUCUCCAUUAUUUUACCGAACUACUUUUUCAAUUUGUUACAGUUUUAGCCUACGCGGCUACAUCUUAGUAGAUAGCCUGAUUCAACCGGUGAAGUGCUGGAUGUGUGAAGUACUGCAGUUUGUAAGCACCCCAGUCUGACAUUUUGUAUGCCGUCCUGUCCAUUUUGUACUCUUUUCAUGUACUGUCUGUACCUUUUGGCAGUUCAUGCACACGCUUACAA